AUGGAACUCCUUUACUCAGCAGACCAUGUCUUUGUGAUGCAGCUGGUCUUCAGUAGCUUGGAUACACCCCACCGGCUGAUGAGCAAGGCGCUCUACAUCUCGAUGAUCAGCACCAUGACAUUCCGCUUCCUCGGAUUUGUCUGCGGCGUGCACUGGAUCACUCCGGUUGCCAUCCGAGCUUCGUCCUGGAUGCUGGGUUUUGGACUAGUGUACGCAGGAAUCUGCAGGCUUGGAAGCAUCUCGCACGGCGGUGUUUCGGAGUGCAUGGUGCUGCGGCUCCUGCGAAGUUUGAUGGGCGAGCGCCUGGCAGAGUUCUAUGACGAAGAGGGCGAGGCGUGGCUCGUGGAGGUGAAGGGCAAGGUUCGCAUGACUUUACUUGGUGUGGUGCUGAUCUGUCUCGUUUCGCUGAAUUUUGCCUUAAACUUCGAUGUUGUCCUAGCCAAGUCUGAAGCAUCGCAAGAUGCUUUCCUGAAUUUCAGUUCGUCGGCGUUGGCUUUGUUCGCCAUUCGCUCACUAUUCUUCGUCGUGCGGGACUUUUUCAACAUGUCCAACCUCACCAGAUCCACCUUUGCCGUGGUGUUGUUGCUAAUGGGUUUGGAGAUGCUUGGUGGCCACGCAGUGUACGUGAGUGCUCUGAUCUCCAUCGUUGUGUUUGCCUGCAUGCUGGUUCUGUCGGUGGGAAUCUCUUCGCUUCAGCACCCGAUCCCCAAGAUGCCUUUGUCGGACCUGCACUCAUUCUGA